AUGGAUAUAAUAUUUUUGGUGAUGAUACGUGUUCUGGUCGUCCAGCCGGGGCGGCGCCUGCGGCGCUCGCCGCCACGCGCCUCCGCGCCGCGCGCCAGUCAGUCGAGUCCGAGCCGCGCCGGCGCGUGUGGAAGAGCGCAGCCGCAGCCGCGCCCGCGGUCGCCGCCGCGGCCGCGGCCCGAGGUGAGCCAAGACGAAGCCCGCGCCGCCGGUGCCCGUGGGCGCCCUGGGCAGGCACACGGCGUCUGCCACCGCCGCCGCCGCGCUGCCCGACGCCCGCGCCAAGCAGGUGCUCAAGGAGGCCGUGGAUGCGGUCGUCAACAGCUUCGCCAAGCACACCCAGGGCUAUGGCCGAGCUCUCCAGACCGGUGCUCGUCGUCGCCGCCGCCGAGGAAAACCCUGCGAGAGCCCGGCAUUCCUCGCGAGCUGAAGUGCAGCGGCGCGUCGCCGGCGUCCGCCGAGAACAGCGGGGCCGUUCCCACGCUUGGACAGUGCGAGGUCCGCGGCGGCGGCGGCGGCCGGCGGCGGCGGUCCGCGGAGAUGGAAGAGAUGAGGCGACGGAGCAAGGAGGCGGCGGCGGCGGCGGCGUCCGCCGAGGAGCCGUGCACAGCGAAUCCGCGCGAACCGGGGCGGAUGCAGCGCGAGAAACCUGUUGCAGCGCGCGUCGGCCGGCCGGCCGCCCGCGCCCGCGCCCGCGCUGCCGCCCCGCGCCACCCCGGUCACAAUAAGUGUAGAUAUCAACUGUCAGAUGUAUUCUUUGUGUGCUGUCAGAACAGUGUUCGUGACAGGGAUGUAUUUUUGGACAAGCUCUCAAAACAUGUGGAUAAGUGCAACACGCGCCGAAGGCAAGUGAAUUUAGGCUGA